GAAGGAUGAUCGCAGUCCGUCAGACGCGACAGUGAUGACCAGCUUCACCAUCCUGUUAAUUGACAAGAAUGACAACGCCCCAACGUUCAACAGCUCCGAAUACCGGGUUCGCAUCACUGAACUGGCCCAAGUGGGCUUUGCUCUGCCGCUCUACAUCCAGGUGGAAGAUAAAGACGAGGGGGUGAACAGCAUGUUCCAGGUGUUUCUGACCGGAAACAAUUCAGAGUACUUCACCAUCUCCCCCACGGCGGUGCAGGGGCGUGCCGACAUCCGUGUCAGGGUUGCCCAGCCACUGGACUUUGAACAGAUUCGGAGCUUCAGCUUCUCACUGUAUGGCAACGAGUCCAUUUCGGAUCACGUGGGAUUUGCACGGGUCUUCAUCGAAUUGAUCAAUGAAAAUGACAACCGGCCCAUCUUCAGCCAACCUCUGUACAACAUCAGCCUUCCAGAAAACACACCACCUGGUACCACGCUGCUGCAAGUCCUGGCCACAGAUGGAGACGUCGGCCCUUUUGGAAUCGUCCGUUAUUAUUUCAGCGACGAUCCUGACCAGUUUUCACUGGAUGCAGAAACAGGCAGGGUCAUUCUGAAGGCCAGCCUGGACUAUGAGUUAAUGCGGCGUUUCACUCUGACCGUGCUGGCGAGGGACGGCGGCGGGGAGGAAACCACCGGAAGGAUCCGUAUCAACGUGCUGGACAUCAAUGACAACACGCCGCUCUUCCAGAAGGAGGCGUAUGUGGGUUCACUGCGAGAGAACGAGCAGGCGGUGCAGUCGGUGGCGCGGAUCAGGGCCACUGAUGAGGAUUCUCCUCCCAACAACGUCCUGACGUACACCAUCAUUUCAGCUUCAGCUUUCCCUCAAUACUUCAGCAUCGUCAUGGUCGAAGGCUACGCAGUUAUAAGCGUGACCAGCCCUCUCGACUAUGAGAUGGUUCCCAAGGGGUUGAUCUAUUUGACAGUGAUGGCCAAAGAUGGAGGAAAUCCGCCGCUUAACAGCACCGUCCCGGUCACAGUGGAGGUUAUAGAUGAAAAUGAUAAUCCACCUGAGUUCAGCAAACCGUCUUACAUCAUGAAAAUCCCAGAGAACCUUAAUGCUGGGGCAACAGUGCUGGUUGUAAAUGCAACUGAUCUGGACGCCUCGCGGGAGUUUGGCCAGGCCUCUCUCAUCUACUCCCUGGAAGGUUCCUCUCAGUUUCGUCUUAACUCACGCUCAGGAGAGAUCACAACCACAGCCCUGCUGGACCGAGAGCAGAAGUCAGAGUACAUCCUGAUAGUGAGAGCUGUGGAUGGAGGAGUCGGGCCUCAGCAGAAGACAGGCAUUGCCACUGUGAACAUCACCAUCCUUGACAUCAACGACAACGCCCCAACGUGGCGAGACGAGCCGUAUGAAGCCAACGUUGUGGAGAUGAGUCCAAUCAACACUGACGUUAUCUCUGUGUUGGCAGUGGAUCCAGAUAAUGGGGAAAACGGGACAGUGGUGUACAGCAUCAGUCCUGCAAACCCCUUCUACACCAUCGACAGCAGAACCGGGAAGAUCCGGACCAGCGGCGUCACUCUGGACCGGGAAAGCACCAGAGACACGGAGCUGAUGAGGACCAUCAUUGUGUCUGCUGUCGACCGUGGCACACCUCCACUGCGUUCGUCGGCCAGCACCACAGUGUCUGUCAACCUGCUGGAUCUGAACGAUAACGACCCGACCUUCCUCAACCUGCCGUCUGUUGCAGAAGUGCCAGAAGGACUUCCCAUUGGAAACUCGUUUUUUAGGGUGCAGGUAGUGGACCCAGAUAAGGAUGCGAAUGGCCGCAUUACGAUGGCGCUGCAGAUGAGUGUGCCCCGCCUUGACUUCUACCUCAACACCUCCACCGGCGUUCUCACCUCCACGGCGGUGCUGGACCGGGAACAGAUCGGCCAGUAUCAGCUGAGGAUCAUCGCUCACGACGCUGGGGAGUUUCCUCGGACCUCCACUUCAACGCUCACUGUCUCAGUUCUGGAUGUAAAUGAUGAGACGCCCACCUUCAACCCCAGACUAUACAAUGUCUCCCUGAUGGAGAACGUCGUCAGAAACCACGUUGUUGCUCAACUCAUCUGCUCUGACAAAGACGCUGGUCUCAACGCAGAGCUUAGCUACUUCAUCACAGGAGGGAAUCAAGAUGGUAAAUUCAGCGUCGGUUUCCGAGACGGCAUCGUGAGGACUGUGGUGGGCUUGGACAGAGAGACUCAGGCGGCUUACACUCUGGUCAUCGAGGCGAUAGAUAACGGUCCAGCAGACAGCCGACGGACGGGGACGGCCACCGUGUUUGUGGAGGUUCAGGACGUCAACGACAACCGGCCCAUCUUCCUCCAAAACAGCUAUGAGACCAGCGUUCUGGAAACCGUGCCCAUGGGAACCAGCAUCCUUCAGGUUCAAGCCACAGAUGCAGAUGAGGGAGAAAAUGGCAGAGUUCUGUACAGGAUCAUCACUGGGAACAACAACAACCUGUUCAGCAUAAACAGGCAGAGCGGCCAGGUGACCAGAGGCGUCCGGGCGCUGAACCGGGAGACCAGCAGCUCCCACCUGUUGGAGGUGGAGGCCUUCAACAGCGAUGAAAGCAGCAUGCGGAGCUCUGUCAGGGUGAUCGUAUAUGUUGAAGAUGCCAAUGAUGAGGUGCCAGUUUUCACCCAGCAGCAGUACAACCGUCUGGGUCUGAGAGAAACCGCCGGAAUCGGAACCUCUGUGAUCGUAGUGCGCGCCACCGACCCCGACACCGGUGACGGCGGCGCUGUUGCCUACUCCAUAGUGUCCGGUUCAGACCGUAAGUUUGAAGUGGACGUCAGCACCGGUCUGGUCACCACUGUGGACUACCUGGACUACGAGACCAAGACAUCCUACCAGAUGAACGUGUCGGCCACCGACCAGGCGCCACCGUUUCACCGGGGCUUCUGCACCGUCUACGUCACCCUACUGAACGAGCUGGAUGAGGCCGUGGCCUUCUUCUCCCCAGGCUACGAGGCUUCCCUCCGGGAGAACAUCGCCACGGGAACGGAGGUGGUUCAGGUCCAGGCCCAGUCUGCCGACAACCUGAACCAGCUGACUUACCGUUUUGACCCCGACACGUCGCCGGCAGCCUUAGCCCUCUUCAAGAUAGACAGCGUCACGGGCCGCAUCACGGUAACAGGCCUGCUGGACAGAGAAAAGGGAAAUUUCUACACUCUGACUGUGGUAGCUGACAACGGAGGACCUAAGAAGGACUCCACUGUGGUUUCCAUCACCAUUCUGGAUGAAAAUGACAACAGUCCUGUGUUUGACAUGACGUCUGAUACGUCUGUGAGCAUCCCAGAAAACACGGCCAUGGGGAGAAAAGUGGCAGUGGUGCUGGCAAAGGACAGUGAUGCCGGCUUAAAUGGACUGGUGAAUUUCACCCUGGUGGCUGGAAACAUGGAGGAUGUGUUCAAGAUCAAAACGGUGAAUAACAGCUAUGGAGAGGUUUACGUCAACGCUGCUCUGGACCGGGAGGCCGUAGAUCGCUACCUACUGAAGGUCCGUGCCACUGAUAAUGGUUCACCGGCCAGAUACACAGACCACUCACUGACCGUCAACAUCCUGGACGUCAAUGACAAUGCUCCUGUCAUUGAAAGCCAGCGAGGAUACAACGUCAGCGUGAGCGAGAACGUGGGAGGAGGAACCUCAGUCCUGCGAGUGAUUGCUACAGACAGGGACAUUGGUCCAAAUGCCAUGCUGUUUUAUUACAUCACUGCUGGAAACCAGGACCUGACCUUCCGCAUGGACCGCAUGACCGGAGAGAUUGUGACCCGGCCGGCCCCUCCGGACCGAGAGCGACAGCAGGAGUAUCGCCUCAACGUCACUGUGGAGGACGACGGCAUGCCGCCGCUGUCGACCUCUACCACCGUCUACAUCCAAAUCGUGGACGAGAACGACAACGCCCCAGAGUUUCCAGAGGAGGAGUAUGUCACGGUGCUGAGCGAGGGACCCGACACGGUGGGGGCCACCAUCGCCACGGUAACAGCCAUUGACCCAGAUGAAGGUCUGAAUGGGACCUUGCGGUAUGCAAUCGCCCAGGGCAACCUGAUCCAGACGUUCAACAUCAACAGCAUCACGGGGAGAAUAACUGCUGUGAAGGAGCUGGACUACGAGAUCAGCAAGGGGCAUUAUGCAUUGGUUGUCACGGCUACUGACCAGUGUCCAAAACCUGCUCUUCGCCUGACAUCUAGCACAACAGUGUUGGUAAACGUCUUGGACGUGAACGACGUGACGCCAACCUUCCCCAGACAGUAUGAGGGUCCCUUUGAGGUGACGGAGGGCCAGCUGGGCCCGCGGGUGUGCACCCUCAGAGCAAGCGAUGAAGACUCCGGUCUCAACGGCAAAGUGGAGUACAGCAUCACCGGUGGAGAUAACCAGAAUGAGUUCAUGAUCUCUCCUGUGGAGGGCGAGCUUCGGGUGAGGAGGGACGUGGAGCUGGACAGAGAGACCACAGCUUUCUACAACAUCACGGUCACGGCGCGGGACCUGGGAACGCCGUCACGCAACAGUUCGGUGGUGGUGGGCGUCUACGUUCUGGACAUCAACGAUAACGACCCCGUCAUCCUUAAUUUGCCCUACAACACCAGUGUGAGUGAAGGUGCGGCGAUACACACCUCCGUGGCCAGAGUUCAAGCUCGGGAUGCAGAUAGCGGACGCAACGCGCUUCUGACUUACAACAUCACCGCCGGAAACCUGGGCGGAGCCUUCUACAUCAACGACACGUCAGGUGUUGUGCAGGUGAACAGACCGCUGGAUAGAGAGUUGGUGGCGGAGUACACGCUAACCAUCACUGUGAAGGACAAUCCAGAGAACCCCCGCAUCGCUCGCAGGGACUCUGACUUUUUGGUUAUCACCAUUCUGGAUGAGAAUGACAACAGGCCUGUGUUCACGAGAACCAGCUACAGAGCUGAAAUCACUGAGAACUCACCAGCAGGCAGCACAGUGACUGUUUUAAAUGGGCCUGUUCUGGCUGAAGACAAAGACAUCGGGCCAAAUGCUGUGGUGAAAUACCGACUGUUGGGGCCAAGAGUCGACCUCUUCAUUGUUGACUCUAACACUGGGGUCCUGCUGGUGCGUCAGGGAGCACAGUUGGAUCGUGAAGCCUUCCAGGACCCUCGAGUAGAGCUGAUUCUGGUUGGGGAAGACAUAGGAGGGUUAAACAACAGCGUCCCUCUCACCGUCACAAUACUGGACCAGAACGACAAUCCUCCUGUCUUCAGCCCAUCUAGCUUCAGCGUCCGACUGCCUGAGAACAGCCCCACUGGCGUUGUGGUGACUCAGCUCUCUGCCACCGACGCCGACUCUGGCGCCAACGGUUGGCUGAUGUACCGUUUAGAGAGCGGUGCUCAGGACCGCUUUGUGGUUGACCCGAUAUCUGGUGCCGUCCUGGUGGGUAACACCACUCUUGACAGAGAGGAGCGUGGGUCGUACCGCCUCAUUGUGAUGGCAACUGAUCGCGGCACGCCCCCUUUGUCCGGUACAGCCACUCUGACGGUUAUUCUGGAUGACGUUAAUGACUCCAGACCACGUUUUAUAGAACCUAUAACCAUGAUAAACGUCAACGAGUCGACCCCACCAGGUGUGGUAGUAGCUACCCUCACCGCUGAAGACCCAGAUCUCAAUCCAAGGCUAGAGUACUACAUCAUCUCAGUGGAAGCAAAGGAUGAUGGGAACAAUCCAGUGGUUGGCUUACAGAACUCCUUCGGCAUUGAUUUACACACAGGUGCUGUAUUUGUUCGUAACCCGCUGAACAGAGAGCUGGUAGCUACGUUUGAGAUAAUUGUGUCUGUCCAUGACAACGCCAGUCAGGUUAUUGACAAGUCCGGCAGUGUUCCUAACGCGCGACUAACGAUCAACGUACUGGACGUCAACGACAACGCCCCUCGCUUCCGGCCCUUCGGAGUCACCAACUUCACAGAGCAGAUUUUAGAAGGAGCUCAGCCGGGCACAACGCUGCUGUCGGUGUCCGCUGUAGACCCCGAUAAAGGUCCAAACGGUCAGGUCAUAUAUCAGCUGCUGCACCUGCCAAGAGGAGGCUACGUCCGACUGGAGGACUCCUCCAUGGGGAAGAUUGUGGCCAAUCAGACGGUGGAUUUUGAGCAAGUGCAGUGGCUGAAUUUCACCAUUCGGGCUCAGGAUCACGGGACGCCUCCGCGAAGCGCCGAGCUUCCGGUUUAUUUACGGAUAGUUGACGUCAACGACAACAACCCAGUGUUUCGGGAGCCGUCCUAUCAGGAACCCGUCUUUGAGAACGUGGACUUGGGCACCACCAUAGUUCGUGUCAGAGCCACAGAUGCUGAUUCUGGACUUUUCGCUGUCAUCGAGUACAGCCUUGUGGACGGAGAGGGCAAGUUUGGCAUCAGACCUUCCACUGGAGAAAUCUACAUUCUGUCCCCUCUGGACAGGGAGACCAAGGACCACUACACUCUGACUGCUGUUGCACGAGACAACCCAGGAGGGAGCCCUAACAACCGAAGAGAGAACUCUGUUCAGGUUCUGGUGACGGUGCUGGAUGUAAACGACUUCCGUCCGCGCUUCACAAAGCGAGUGUAUAACACCAGCGUGUUUGAGAAUGAGCCUAGCGGUUCAUCUGUGAUAACCAUCUCUGCCAUUGACCUGGACGAAGGAGAGAAUGCUGCCUUAUUCUACAGCAUACUUGGGCCACAGUUAGAUGCGUUCACCCUGGAUCCAAUCACCGGACUGCUGCGUUCACGCCGCCUGCUCCAGUCUUCUGAGCGUUUCAACUUCACCGUUGUAGCUACAGACCAGGGGCGUCCUCCCCUCUGGGGCACUGCAGACCUGAUCAUCACAGUCAUAGACGUCAACGACAACAGACCUGUGUUUGUCAGGCCAGCUAAUGGAACAAUUAUUCAUAUCUCCGAGGAGCAGCCUCCAGGCCUGCCUGUGUAUGAGGUCCAUGCCACCGACUCAGACGAGGGCGUGAACGGAGAGGUCCGCUACGCCUUCCUGCAGACUGGCGCCGGGAACAGAGACUGGGAGAACUUCCACAUCGACGCCAUGUCUGGGGUCAUCACCACCACGGUGAAACUGGACCGGGAGAAACAAGCGCUGCUCAGCCUUAUCAUCGUGGCCCGUGACAUGGGCCAACCUGUGCCUUAUGAGACCACCCAGCCUCUGCAGGUGGCGCUGUUGGAUAUUGACGACAAUGAACCGGUCUUCCUCAAGCCACCACGUGGCAGCUUACCCUACCAGAAGAUGACGGUACCAGAACACUCUCCCUCUGGUACCGUGGUGGGAAACGUGACCCGCGCCGUGGACGCCGAUGAGGGCUCCAACGCCGUCGUCUACUAUUUCAUUGCAGGAGGAAACAAUGAUGCAAACUUUGGCCUGAGUCUUGAUGGAGAGCUGAAGGUUCUGAAGGAUCUGGACCGGGAGGAGAUCCCGGCCUACUCCAUCAUCAUCAAGGCUUCCAGCAACAGGAGCUGGACCCCUCCCAAAAGUCAGAGGUCACUACGGGCCAAAGCGCUGAACCCUGAUCAAGACCCGAGCCUUCUGGAAGUCCGGAUCGAACUCGAGGACAUAAAUGACCAGACGCCACGGUUUGCUAAGACAGAAUACACAGCAGGCGUUGCAGCAAAUGCUAAAGUUGGCUCAGAUCUCAUCAGGUUGGUGGCUACAGAUAACGACAUCGGGAACAACAGCGUGGUCCAGUACCAUAUCGUUACAAUCCGCUACUUCCAGACCCAGAGCAACGGCAGCGAGGAUGUGGGCAACAUCUUCACCAUUGGUUUGACGGACGGAAUGAUCCGAACUUACGACCUCUUCACAGCUUACGAUCCAGGCUACUUCCAGCUUGAGAUCUUAGCUUGUGACCUCGCCGGCCACAGUGCAACCACCAAUGUGAACAUCUACAUCCUCCGAGACGACCAGCGGGUCAAGAUCGUCUUUAACGAGAUACCAGACUGGGUCCGUGAGAACCAGGAGAAUUUCAUCAGCCUGCUGUCCAACAUCACAGGAGCUAUCGUCAACCUGGACGACAUUCAGUUCCAUGUGGACAAGAAGGGCAGAGUGAGCUACUCCCAGACCGACAUGCUGAUCCACGUCGUCAACAAUCAGACCAACACCAUCCUGGAUGUGGAAAGAGUCAUCCAGAUGAUCGAUGAGAACAAGGAGCAGCUGAGGAGUUUGUUCCGGACGUACAACGUGGUCGACGUUCAGCCUGCCGUCGGCGACAAACUGCCUGAUGACAUCUCCACCCUGCAGCUGGUGAUCAUUAUCCUGGCCGUGUUGCUGUGCUUGGCGGGGAUUUUGUUUGUAACAAUGAACUGGCAUUAUCGCAGAGUACACCAGAGGAAGCUUAAAGCUAUUGUUGCAGGAUCAACAGGAAACCAAGGUCUAAUGGAUAUUCUGGAUAUGCCAAACACUAACAAGUACUCGUUUGAGGGAGCGAAUCCCGUGUGGAUGGACCCUUUCUGUCGUAACUUGGAGCUUGCUGCUCAGGCUAAUCAUGAAGACGACCUACCGGAGAACCUGAGUGAGAUCACCGACCUGUGGAACAGCCCGGCGCGCACACACGGGACCUUUGGUCGCGAGCCUCAAGCGAGGCUAGAGGACGAUCGCUACCUGAGAGCCGCCAUCCAGGAAUACGACAACAUCGCUAAGCUGGGUCAGAUUAUGAGGGAAGGGCCCAUCAAGGGUUCUCUACUGAAGGUGGUUCUGGAUGACUAUCUGAGGCUGAAAAAGCUCUUUGCAGCGCGGCUCGCCACCGUUUCCACCGGCCAAGGAGAAGGAGAUAAGUCAUCAGUUACUGAGCUAAUCCAGAGUGAUCUGGACGACGAUGAGGAUGAGAAUUUGGACUUGGGUGGCGGACGCGGCACUCUGCGGUUCAAGCACAAGCUUCCCGUGGAGCUAAAGGGGCCUGAAGGCGUCCAUGUGGUCCAUGGCAGCACAGGCACCCUCCUGACCUCAGAUCUCAACAGCCUGCCAGAGGACGACCAGCGAGCUCUGGCACGUUCUCUAGAGGCGCUGAACGCAGAUGGCGGUUUGUACUCGGAGAGAAACGCUCGCACGGAGUCGGCUAAAUCCACCCCGAUGCACCGCCACAAGGAUGGGGACACCCUGUCAGGGAGUCCCCUGGAGAUCACAGAGUUAUGACUAGCCGAGGCCUCGCUGGUCUGAGGGCAACCGGGCUUGUGUGUGUCCUUGUGCCUCCAUCCUCCUGAAAAGGCCUGGAGGGGAAGUGUUUGUAGUCUAGGGAAGCUCUUCAGCCAGUGCUUCAGUGAAACAUCCUGCAAGAGGACACUCGCACUGAGCUGGUUUGACUGGCUCGUUCAUUGAUGAAAAUGGUCACAGUACCAGUUUGUAGAGUUUUAAUCCACCUGCAGGACCCCCGUCUUCAGCAAGACAAAAGGUUUCCCUUGCAGUCAUUAAAAUGCUGAGUGAAUGAGACGGAGCGGGGAACAUUUGCUCCAACCAUGACCUUAAACUCAUCUAAAAGGUGCCUCAUUCUCAUGAAUCCUUUUAAAACUUAUGCCUGGACUGCAGACACUCUCACAAAAACACACACAUACAUCAAUUUACACACACUCAGACCAGCAGAUGGCCUCUAAAGGGAAACCGAGAACAUUAAAUAAUCAGGCAGAUUGUUAGAGAAUUGCUUUGGCAACAUGAUUACAGUCAGUGUACCGUAGUGUGGACGGGAACUAUUUAAAUGUUUAAAUAGUUUGGAAAUAACUGAGGAAUUUUUCAUUGUCUUCUCAGUGAUUUUACAUAAAUCACAAAAGAAUGAGGGUGAAGAAGCAAAAAACUUGGAAAACGUUUUUGGGCAGGUGAUUAUGAUCAGCACAGAAACUAAAGACUUUCCAAAUACCUGGACAGUUCCUAAGAAAGGAUGAGGAAGAGAAAAAAAAAGGUUUUAUCAAAAAGGAAAUCAAAUAUUUAUAAAAGCAAAUAACUUUUUUAUAGACAUUAAGAUGGCAAUGUGCCCAGUGAUUUUACACUGCCACGUGGGGUGAGGUGGGGGACUCACUGUCAAGCUCAAAGUGAGAAAUUUUGCUUUGUUUUUAUUUUUGUAUUUUAAAAAAAACAACAUUGAAUCAAAAGAUAUUUUUAAAGAAAAAUGUUGUCUUACCAAAACCGUUAAGGGAGUCAUGUUGGAUGUUUGGCGUAUGAGUAUUUAGUGCUAUGGUGACAUGUCCAUUUGUUUCCCUUGUAUAACAGAUGUUUCUGUCGAGUGGUGUGUAAUGGAAAAAAAAUGUUUUAUAUUCCUGUUUUGUAAGUUUGUUUCUUUUUUUAUUAUUGUUGUCACCAGCUAUGAGAUCUGUGUUGGGAAAUGUUGUGGGAUGAUCUGUGCUAAUUAAAAUAUGCAAAUGGUC